AUGAAUGAUGGGCUCACCAACCAGAUCAACAAUCCUGAGGUUGACGUCGACAUCACCAGGCCCGACACCUACAUAAGGCAGCAGAUCAUGGCCCUGAGAGUCAUGACUAACAAACUCAAGAACGCGUACAAUGGGAACGAUGUGAAUUUUCAGGAUACAAGUAAGAUCCCGCGUCAUUCAGCUUCUCUUAAUUGGAUCCCUUACAACAGCAGUGCUUAAUGGGGUAGAAAAGUAUUCUUCAAGGAUGUUCUUAGUCAAAACCACUGGCUGAGAUGCUGCAAUGUCCACUGUGAUCCAUUUAUUCAUUAUUUUUGGAUGAAAACUUACUUGGGACCAGGAAACUGCCUUGACCCAUCUCAGUGCUGUUUACAUGCUAGCUCUCUGAGGUCUCAUGGGGAGAGGUCUGUCCUUCCUGGCCUCCAGAGAUCUUCCAAGAUAUUGUUGGCCCAUAACUUCCAUCAUCCAUGACAGUUGGCCUUAAAAAUAAUAAUAAUAAUAAUAAUUUUAUUAUUUGUGCCCCUAUUUGAACCCAUAAACCAAAAUCUGCUUGUUCGUGUGUUUUAUUUAUCCACUUGGGGACCUUGGUCAUGGGGCCUUGGCACGCAAUUAUUUAUCUCCUUGACAUAUGAUGGGACGCCAUUCCACAGGGCGGGCGCCACUACCAAAAAGGCCCUCUGCCUGGUUCCCUGUAACCUCGCUUCUCGCAGUGAGGGAACUACCAGAAGGUCCUCGGAGCUGGACCUCAGUGUCUGGGCUGAACAAUGGGGGUCGAGACAUUCCUUUGAGAUAAACAAUUAUAUGGCUUUUCGUAGACAUCUGAAGGCAGCCCUGUUUCAGGAAGCUUUUAAUGUUUGAUGUUUUGGUGUGUUCCUUUAUAUUUUGUUGGAAGCUGCCCAGAGUGGCUGGGGUAACCUAGUCAGAUGCACGGGGUAUAAGAAAUAGAUGGUGGUGAUGAUGAUGAUGACGAUGAAGAUGACGAUGAUGACAUUCUCCCUCUCCCCUCCACUCCCGCAGGUGAAGAGACCAGUGGCUCGGGAAGUGGAAGCGGUUGCACGGAUGACAUUUGUCCCACAGAGUUUGAAUUCAUCACCACAGACGCACCCCUCGUUGAUUCAGACCGAAGGGAAGUGGACUCUUCUUCAGCCAGUCAGCCCAGUUGGUCAGCACUCACGUGGUUUGUCAUCUGCCUGGCUCUCCUACUGCAAAAACAGUGCAGAUAA